UGGUACAGUAGCCACAGAGGCACAGAAUCCUGUGGACAUCCUCGCUCACUGGGAUUAGGCUGUAUGAGUUUGCUAUAAACAGCUUGCCUUACAUAACAGCUUGAAGGCCUAAUUCAGUUUGCGCUGAUUAAGAUAACUGUCUCAAAUUUAUGCUGAAAACGAAAGUCAUAACUGAAGAUAGUUUUGCGAUCAGCCUCGCAUAGUGGAAUAUUUUAUUUUUCUCAUCCGAAAGGCUCAAGUGUCAAUCCUUACGGAAAACAGCGCCAACUAACAAGCCACGCGCAUUACAUUAUGUCAGUAGUAGGUAUUGAUGUGGGUUUCCAAAAUUGUUACAUUGCUGUUGCCAGAAGCGGCGGCAUUGAAACAAUUGCCAAUGAGUACAGCGACAGAUGUACACCGGCUUGCGUGUCCCUGGCCUCCAAAAACCGUACUAUUGGAAAUGCAGCUAAGGGUCAAAUAAUAACAAACUUCAAAAACACAAUCCAUGGCUUCAAGAAGUUUCAUGGCAGAGCGUUCGAUGAUCCAUAUGUCCAGAGGGAGAAACCCAUGUUACCUUACAGCUUGCACAAGCUGGCCAGUGGCAACACUGGAAUCAAGGUGCGUUAUCUGAAUGAAGACAAAGUGUUCACAAUUGAGCAAGUAACAGCCAUGCUGCUGACCAAGCUGAAGGAAACGUCUGAGAGCGCCCUGAAGAAGCCAGUGGUGGACUGCGUGAUUUCUGUUCCAAGUUUUUUCACGGACGCGGAGAGGAGGUCUGUGAUGGACGCCACUCAAAUUGCGGGGUUAAACUGCCUGCGUCUCAUCAAUGACACCACAGCAGUGGCCCUGGCCUAUGGGAUAUACAAGCAGGACCUCCCUACCCCAGAGGAAAAGCCACGCAAUGUGGUCUUUGUGGACCUGGGACACUCAUCAUUCCAGCUCUCCAUAUCAGCCUUCAACAAAGGAAAACUCAAGAUCCUGGCCACAGCCUUUGAUCCCUACCUGGGUGGGCGCAAUUUUGAUGAGGUACUCGUGGAGCACUUCUGUGAGGAAUUCAAGGCACGGUACAAGCUGAACGUGAAAGAGAACCCCAGGGCUCUUCUGCGCCUAUCUCAGGAGUGUGAGAAACUCAAGAAGUUGAUGAGUGCCAACUGCUCUGACCUUCCCAUUAACAUUGAGUGCUUUAUGAAUGACAUUGAUGUGACAGGCAAAAUGAACAGAGUCCAAUUUGAAGAAUUGUGUGCCUCAUUGCUGAUGAGAGUAGAGGCGCCAUUGAAAGCAGUUAUGGAACAAUCUAAGCUGAGCCGAGAUGAGAUCUAUGCAGUGGAAGUGGUAGGAGGAGCCACCAGGAUCCCUUCUGUUAAAGAGAGGAUCUCCAAGUUCUUCGGCAAAGAUGUCAGUACCACACUAAAUGCAGAUGAGGCUGUGGCACGGGGCUGCGCGCUUCAGUGUGCAAUUAUGUCCCCAGCCUUUAAGGUGCGUGAAUUCUCCAUAACCGAUGUGGUUCCCUUUCCCAUCACCCUGCGCUGGAAGUCCCCCACGGAAGAUGGAGUCGGGGAAUGUGAGGUGUACAGCAAGAACCACCCCGCGCCUUUUUCCAAAGUCAUCACCUUCCACAAGAAGGAGCCCUUUGACUUGGAAGCAUUCUACAGCCUCCCACAGGAGCUGCCUUACCCUGACAUCAGGAUAGGUCAUUUUUCCGUGCAGAACGUGGUUCCCCAGCCUGAUGGAGACAGCUCCAAAGUAAAGGUCAAAGUGCGUGUCAAUGUGCACGGCAUCUUCAGUGUAUCCAGCGCCUCCUUGAUGGAGAAGCAGAAGGGUGAAGGAGAGGACGUUCAGAUGGACAUUGAACCCACUGUGCAGAACGAAGGAAGACCAGAGGACCAGACUAAAAUGCAGGUGGACCAGGAGGCUCAAGGGCAGGCAGACCAGCAGAAUGAGGAUGUCCUCUCCUGUGGCAGGGAGGGAGUCCCUGGGGAGAAGCAGGACCCAGGAGCAGGGGGAAGCAAGCCUAAAGUCAAGGUGAAAAGCACUGACCUUCCCAUUCUUGCCAACAACAUCAGACAGCUGGAUAGGGGCGUCCUCAAUGACUUUGUGGAGUAUGAGGGCCAGAUGAUAAUUCAGGACAAACUGGAGAAAGAAAGGAACGAUGCUAAGAACGCUGUGGAGGAGUAUGUGUAUGAUCUGAGGGACAAACUGUGCAGCAUCUAUGAGAAGUACACAACCGAGGAGGACAGUAAUCGUCUGACGUUGAUGCUUGGGGACACAGAGAACUGGCUAUAUGAGGAGGGAGAGGACCAAGCCAAACAAGUCUAUGUGGACAAGCUGGAUGAUCUCAAGAGAUUUGGUCAGCCCAUUCAGGACAGGUACAGGGAGCACGAGGACAGGCCAAGGGCAUUUGAAGAGAUGGGGAAAAAGAUCCAACUCUACAUGAAGGCUGUGGAGCUUUAUAAACAUAAGGAUGAGCAUUAUCAGCAUCUGAGUGCUGAGGAGAUGAGCAGUGUGGAGAAGUGCGUGAAUGAAAGCAUGGCCUGGAUGAACAGCAAAAUGAACGCCCAGAACAAACUCACCAUAACCCAAGACCCAGUCAUCAAAGUAGCAGACAUCAUUUCCAAAAUACAGGAACUUGAUGGAAUAUGCAACCCAGUGAUCAACCGACCAAAGCCCAAAGCAGAGGAGGUGUUGGAGGAGAAUGAGAGGAGUAACGGGGCCCAUAAUGGACCAAGGCAAGGAUCUGACGGGAAGGGAGAUGCAAAAGGAUGCAGCCAGACGAAGCCUCCCUCAGGGGAGAUGGAGAUUGACUGAGAUCUGCCAAACAAGCUCUGCUGCCACCACUAUAGCUACCAUAAGUUUGUUAAGGUCUACCCAGAUACUGUGUGUGGUAUAUCCGGGACCAUUUUUCCAGCACCACUCAGCAGGCUUUUGUGCAAUUAUACUCAUAGUCGCCCUUUUUGAUUGUUUCUUUUUGACCUUUGUUUGGGCUUUCCCUUGUCUUACAACGGUGUGCUCCUCCCUCAGGGGUUUUCAAGUCCUUUAUUGUAAGAUUAGAUUUAGAGGAAAACAAUGCUGGCUCUUCCAAAAACAGUUUUCCUAAAUAUACGUGUUUGCAUUUUAAAAGUCCCAUAAGCAUAAAAUCUCUAAGGUGACUCUUAUUGCACAUAACCUUGUAGUGGAACAUAUGUAGAAUUACUGUCUGAACAAUCGCUAUGGCUGAUUAAACUAUUAGUUAAAUAUGUAUGCAAUAAUACAUAUUCUAUUAAUUUGUAUUUAAUAUAUGAAUUUGAAAGGAUGUAUGUAUGUCUAGAUUAUGUAAAUAUUAUUUUAGUAAUUGAAACUGGCAAUUGCUUAUAUUUGUGUAAAUAGAGGAUACAUUCCAAUGUUGAAAUGGCAAUGCUUGGCGCACCAAAACUGGCAGGUGUCACUGACAGGAGCAAUGUUUUCAUGCAUUUCCACAUCGAGUCAUGAGAAGUUGGCAAAUAAUAAAUGCAUUCUUUGACUUUAAGAACGAAAA